UUUAUUAACUCUUGAACCUUCAGUUUGACAGCUGUUAGUUCACUUCUUGAGAAAUACGGGAUCGAUCCAAAACAGAUUGGUCGCCUAGAAGUUGGAAGUGAGACUGUACUAGACAAGAGCAAAUCUAUCAAGACAUUCUUGAUGCCAAUCUUUGAGAAAAGUGGAAAUACUGACAUAGAAGGUGUUGACUCAACCAAUGCAUGCUAUGGGGGAACUGCGGCUCUCUUCAACUGUGUCAAUUGGGUGGAAAGUAGUUCAUGGGAUGGGCGAUAUGGGCUCGUUGUCUGCACAGACAGUGCGGUCUAUGCAGAGGGACCAGCCAGGCCAACUGGAGGAGCUGCAGCUAUUGCCAUGCUAAUAGGACCUAAUGCUCCUAUUGUGUUCGAAAGCAAGUUCAGGGGUAGUCAUAUGGUUCAUGCUUACGAUUUUUACAAGCCUAAUCUUGCCAACGAAUAUCCAGUUGUCGAU